AAGGCUCUUCCUGAAUUGUGCAGAUAGCACUAAAUGCGGACUGGUGGUUAGAGCGACCCAUUCUUGCAAAUUUUGCAUUUUGCUCUCUGGCGCCGGGAUCCCGGAGGGUCGAGACUCGAGGAUAGAGAGGGGCGUUGGAAGUUGAUAUGGGGCAUCCUACUACUAGCUAGGUGAUUUGCGCUAUGUCCUACUAUCUCCAAGGAGGUUCAACCGGUCCAACAAUUACUGGCCAGGGGGAAACAAGGCAUGAUAAGUUUCAACUUUUACCUACUACUUCGUAACCCGAUAGUUGACGUCAUUUCUUGUCACUCCCCGCGAUAGUCUCUCCGCAGGUAGAGACGGUGUCUCUUGAUCAUAGAUACGUCACCUCGUGUCCCAUGAUGACACCACAUCUGAACUGAACUGAUCUAUAAGAACCAUCAUGUCCAUGUAUCCUGAAAAAGCUUCCUUGUACUCCAGACCACUAGGUAAUUAACACCUUUCCCACAUCCAACCAAGCAUCUCUCGAUAUUCGUUGUCAAACCUCAAAAAUGACUACUCUUCACUAUCUACCUCCGGUGAAGCCAUCGGCCAUUGUACUUGGCACCUUCUUCACUCAUUCCGCCUCCUUGGGUAUACUUGCACCGGUCUUUGGCGACACCUACCACCGGGCGCAAGCCGCCAAUUCAAAGGAGGAGUUCCUCAAAUCCAAGGAGGCUGCUGGAGCCGCAGCUGCCUGGGGUAGUUCCCUGGCUGGAAGUGCUUUGCAGACCUACGGGGUGGCAGCUUUGAUCAAUGCCACUGGAACCUUGAGUUACAAGGGUGCGGCGUAUCUGGGUGGGCUAGUUUUCAUGGCAAGCGCUGCCCCAGGUUUCAUCAGCCAAGUGUUUGCGGAGAAGAGACCCUUGGAUACGGUGGCCGUGGGAGCUGUGAGUAGAGUGUUUGAAACAGUCGGUCUGAGUUUGUUCCUGACAUGGUGGGGUACGCGCACAAAUCCAUUCGAUUAAGUGCCCCGAAGAGAAGGAUUCGUACGCCUUGAAUUAUCUUGUAUAGCUUAGUCUCAUAAUACUCAAACAAUGUACACCGCGUUAUACAUGCAGCAGUAG